CAGCAAGUUGACGGAGCGAGGGGUGAAGUGAAGUGCCUCUCUUGAAGAGUGAGUAGGGCGAGGCAUUGUAACACCUUCCUAGUCCUUGGCGCGGUGUUGACGGAGGAAAGAUAACGAAAGGGAAACAACGCUGAAGAUGGCUGAGAACAUAUUCAUCUUCGUCCCUAACCUUAUUGGUUAUGGCCGUAUCAUCCUGGCAUUGUUGUCAUUCUACUACAUGCCAACGAAUCACAUCAUGGCUGCCUCCAUGUAUAUUCUCUCAGGAUUCUUGGACGCUUUUGAUGGUCAUGCUGCAAGAGCACUUAAUCAAGCCACAAAGUUUGGAGCGAUGUUGGACAUGCUGACAGACCGCUGUGGGACUAUGUGUCUCUUGGUGACCCUGAGCCACUUUUAUCCUCAGUAUAUGUUCCUCUUCCAAGUUUCUAUGACCAUUGACAUAUCUUGUCACUGGUUGCACCUCCAUACAACUCUCCUGGCAGGUCGCAAAAGCCACAAAGGAGAGGAUUCCAACACCAAUCCCAUCUUACGUAUCUACUACACGUCUAAGGUUGUUCUGUUCUUCAUGUGUGCUGGUAAUGAAUUAUUCUAUUCAUCUUUGUACCUCUUACAUUUUACAGAGGGACCAAUUAUUGCUGGUGUUGGAUUGUGGCGUAUAUUGUCAUAUGGGCUUCUGCCUGUUGGGGUACUCAAGUCAGUUUUGGCACUUAUGCAGGGGUACAGUGCAGCCCUAAGUCUUGGAGAGAUAGAUGUACUGGAACGUCAAGAAAGUCAGAAGACCAAGUAAAUGUCAGUUCAAAAUACAAUGUAAAACAUUAAUGCAUUUUGAUAUUUGUUUAGGAAUGUUAUUUCUUCCAUGUGAUACCAAAAACCAAAGACUCUGACAGUUAUAGUGGUUAUUACAACCUUUCAGAGUUGUAGAAAUCUGAAUGCAGUUAAUUUAUAUAAGAAAAUCUAGUCUGCUACCAUACAUUUAAGGGAUCUCUGAUAUGUUUUGAUUUUUGUAUACCAAUUUAAAGUUCUUCAAUAACAGAUUUGCAUUUUCAAAAAUUUGAAAUUUUAAUUCGUGCAAUUCACUCUAGGAUUGUAAAGAUGCCCAUAAGAUCACAAAGUAAUUAUGGUGUAAGAUAUGAAAUUUAAAACUUAUAAAUGUAUAUUUUUUCUCAUUAGACUUGGAAGAAAUGAUGAGGUAAAAAUAUCUGAAUAAUUUGGUAAGUGAGUGUAUUCUUUUACCAGCAUGUUACUCCUAAAAGUUGCAGUGUCUUAAUAGUGUCAAUUCCUAAUUUAUAUAUAGACUUGUACUUUAGUCUUUCUUUGAAGAAUGAAGUGAUAACGUGGCCUGAAAUAGUGAUGAACAGUAGUCAGUAUGUGGUUCUAUUCUGAUAUGUGCCUGCUGGAAAUGAUGAAGGAAAAUUUCAAAUCUUUUAGCUUCUUUUCACAAACAGAAUGUUUUUAAUUCAUGCUUAAAUACUUUGUUGAUCUAGUUUCUUGUAAAAAGAAAUUCAAAAUGAAGUGAAGGUUAAGACAGUGAAUUAGUGUAUGCAUCUUUGAUAUCUUGGUAUGUUAAUCACACUUCACCAAUCAGUCAGGAUAAAAUUUUAUUGUUUUAUUUUAUUUAUUUAUUAAUUAAUUAAUUUAUUAUUAUUAUUAUUUUUUUUUUUUUUUUUUUUUUCUUCUAUAUAUAUAAGGUAGAGAGAUGAGAGAGAAAUUGAUGUUCAAAGUCCUCACUGUCUAAUGUACUAGCACUAACAUAUGACCUGCCAUUUCACAGUGAUGUACAAAUGUUACCAAUACGUACCUCAUAUUUCACAUACAUUGACUGCUACUUUGCAACUUACCAUUCCAUGUUGCCUAUAUUGCACUGCACAGUUGUCUCUUUUGGUUCUUAUUUUCAAUAGCAAAAAUCAAGAAGACACAUGAAUAGUAUCUCAAGUGAGCUAUGAAACCAAAUCGGUAUUAACACUUGUGUAGACUUAACUUGUAGUGGUGUUUUGAAAUAAGAGUUGGGUCCAAAUGAUCUGUGUUGUUAAUGGAUAUGAAGUUAAAUAUUGUACUUGUUUUCAUCAAAAUGCUUUAAAGCAGAUGGCAUAGUAGUAAAACUAUAAUUGCCUAUACAGGGAUUUCCCAAUUCAUGCAUGUUUAGAAUAUAUUAUUUAUAAUUUUUUUUUUUUUUUUUUUUUUUUUUUUGAUACACUGUCUAACUAUUCCCAAAAGUAGUAAUAUUUCAAAAUAAUUUAGAUCAAAGAAAAUUAUGUCAAAAACCUUGUGAGAUCUGAAGAUAAUUAUGUAGAAUACGGCCCCAGGAGUCACCAGGUGUUCUCCAUGUAUACUGCCAACAGACUGUAUCCUUCAGCUUAAUGUUAGUUGAAUGCAAUCCUCCAGAUUUGUUAUGCACUGUACAGUUUGGUUUAGUAAUCAUGUUCACUUUAUGCAAUUUUUACAUUACACGAUCCCUUGAGGAACGUAUCAUUUGCACAAUUUGAGAAAUCCCUGUACAUAUAACUUGAAAUUUAGAGAUGUAUGAACAAGAAAUUAUCAAAGGCAUAUAAUGGCUACAGAUCUCAGCAGAAAAAUGGCUAGUAACCAUUGCUCUCUCUCUCUCUCUCUCUCUCUCUCUCUCUCUCUCUCUCUCUCUCUCUCUCUCUCUCUCUCUCUCUCUCUCUCUCUCUCUCUCUCUCUCUCUCUCUCUCUCUCUCUUACAAACCAGUGACAUAGGUAAUUUACCUAGUUUUAUUGCUCUGGUUUUAAGAUGGAUGUAAAUUUUAUAAGUGGCUGGUACGUACUCAUUAAUUGGCCACUUUGAGGAUUACGAACUUAGUUUGGUGAAUUUGUUAUUCUAUAUUUUGUUUGCUUCAUGCUGGAUUUUGCCCUUCACAAUUUCUUUUUACUUAAUUAAUGUUUAGCUAAACGCAUUAUCACAUUUUUCCCAAAUGAUUGUGAAAUAUAUGAACAAGUUUGGAAUUAUGUAAAUUUAUCUUUUUGACUGAAAAAUUCAAUUUUGAUUUAAUAUUGAAACUUGUUCAGAAUUCUUUUUUUUUUUUUUUUUUUUUUUUUUUUUUCAAUAACUCUUAUAAUGACAUUAUGUCAUUAUUGAAUACUUAUGUAGAGUGACUAAGAAGAUUAAAAUACCUUUUUGGAUUACAAAUUACGUAAGAGAUAAAAAUAAUGAAUUUGGUUUAUGAAAUUGAUAUAUUAGUUAUUUUAUUUUGGUCUCCUGAAGAUAUAGGAUAGACAGACAUAUUAACAUAACACAUGAAGAGUGGUAAAUUGUUUUGUUGUCAUAACUCUUUGUAUAUGUGUUUGACUGAUAUUGUUACCUUCUAUACUAGAUUAUUAUCAGUUCAGUAGAGACUGCUAAUUGUUUUAAGUUAAUGUUGCUUCCUUUCAUAUGUAAUAAUAGAAAAGUAAUUUACAUACCUAUGUAUUACCUGUAAUGACACCCAAGUUAAUAUUAGUAGCAUCAGUACUUAGCUGUGCCCUACUGAACAACCAAACAUACCUACCUAGUCUCUCAAUGGAAUGUUUGAUUUAUUCAGCAUUUGUAAGCUAGAUACACAUAUUGUUUAUUUAUUUAUUUAUUUUGUCAGGUGCUUGUGAGGAAACAAAUACAAAAUUAGUGUGCUUAUCUAGUUUUCAUAUGCUGAAUUUAAACAUUUGUAUUUGUGUAUGCUUGUAGUGGGUAUUUAUCUAGUUUGCUAACUCCUGAUAUCUUACAGCAUAUCUCUUGAUCAUUUAUCAAAAAAUUGAUAUGUGAUUGGGGAAUGUGAGAAGUUAAUGGUCGUGCAUGGCAGUGAUAUUAGUGGGAAGGGUCAUCAGUACUGAGGCUUGAUCAAGUUUUCAUUUUCAGCUAACAUUUUAAAGCCUUUUCUUUUUGCUUCUCCUUUUGUUCACUACUUUAUAUUUAUGUUAUGAAUUGUAAAAUCAUCCUCGUUAUCACUAAUAAUAAGAAGAAAUAAUUUAAGGCGAUGUAUGUAAGAAACCAUUCUGGUGCUUAUGAAGCAUGAAUGUGUUGCUGGACAAAAAGAAAAAAAAAUUAUACCACAGAUGUGCAGUAUGUUGGUGUGGCGAAGCAGUCUUAACAAGGCCACAUGGGUACAUUCCACUAGCUUUAAAUAUGGCUACAUUCCUAUUGCCAACCAAUUACUUCCAUUCAUAUAAGUUGUAAUACUACUAAGCAGUUAAACAGUUAAAUUUAUUAGUAAGUGUCUAUUGUGGAGAAAGAGAGCCUGGUAAUUAAGACGUGAUGAAGAAGCAGGUUUAUAUUGACAGUAUUAAAGUUGGUAUAUGUGGAUGUAUGGUUCUUGUAUGUUUCUUGUAAAUGGGAUUGAUGAGUGGUUAGUGAUGUUUUAUGCAAGAGGAAGGUAUAAUUAUAUUCUGUAUUAUAUACUACUUUUAAAUUAUGUUGACUUUGCAUUGUCAUCUUGGUGCACAGUAGAGCAAUUAUUUUAAGUAUUAUUUGCUAUAUUUACAUUGUUCUAUACUUUUUAGUUAAAUCCAUGGCUUUGAAUUUGGGCAUCCCUCUAUACUUUAUUCCAUUCCUUAAAAGACUUAUACAGAAGUACAUUGUUAAAUUCAUAUAUUUUCAGCAUUUUUUUUUUCUUUACUCUAAAGAAAAGAUAAUCCUACUGAUAAUUUAUAUAAAUUUGGAGUUCAAGUAACUUUCAGCAGGUGUGUAGAGUGGAGCUGUGGGAGAUAGAGAUGGCAACCAGUUUCAUCUCCAGAUCUAAGUAGCAAUUAUCCUGCUGAAUUUGGAAGCUAUGUGUGAUAGAGGCUACCAGGUAAUCCCAUGUGAAGCCAGUAAAGGCAAUGAAAUCACUGGCUCCUAACAGCACACUGCAAGUAAGUAACAGCCUGAGAUACAUUACCAAAGGAGUGCACUGAACAUCUCUUGAGCAUCAGUCUUUCUUUUUUCUCGACAGCAUGGACUGGGAAGCAUGAUAUGGCUAUAUGAUGCUUUUCUAUGGAAAUGAUACAAAGUGUGGCAUGCACUUUUAAUUUUUUUUUUAUGUGGAGGAAGAAAUGCAAUAAUGAAUUCUCAAAAUUAACUCACAUACUUUUUGAAGGAGUUUGAUAUUGUGAAAUGAGGGAUAACUCGGAUUCAGAAUUUAUAGGUUGAAGAAUAGGACAAGUAGUUGUCUGUCUGAGUCCACCAAUCCACUUUUGAAAUUGUUAAGAAUAUAUGGUGAAAGAUUGACCAAGUAUAGAAUAGAAAAAAAGAAAAGAAAAAACUCAGUACAAGUUGGAUGAAAGAGUUAAAAAUAUAUGUGUGAUUAGUAAGAAAUGGAUAAAUGCUUUGGUUAUGAUAACAAUCAACAGGGCAGAAAAGUUUUGUUUACAUUUCCUAUUUUAUGGAAUAAGGUAUCAAGCAAAGGAAAAAUUUUGAAGUAGUAGUACAUGUGUGGUUAGAGGCAGUCAAGAAUGACCAAAAAUCAUUUAGAUUUUAAAUAAUCUAUUAUUGUUAGACACAUAUAUCCAUAGUACAUAAUUAUGUACAUGUGAAAAUUAUGAAACGAGUGCAAAGGACAGAUAGUGAGCUACCUCGUCUUCCAUAAAGGGCUAAAGUAAGCAAGUGCUUGGUCAUAGAAAUUAUUGGAAUGGAAUGAUCUUUAAGCAGUCACUUUAAAACUAUUGUUGAACCUUCACUGUUACAACUACUCUGCUGUUGUAUGUCCUGCUAAACAUUUUGGGCAUUUAUUUAUUUAUUUUCUCUCCUAUAGCUUUAGAUAUUCAGUGUUAUUGCUUGAAAUGGAAAUGUUUUACUUUUCAGUGAAUGAUUACAGCUCCAACAAGCAUAUACUACUUUCAACUGUUUUGUUUGUUACUUAAAUGGUAGUAUACUAUCCAUGUUUUUUUUUUUUUUUUUAUAGUCGUUUAAAAGGAAUGUAAAAAUAUCAAUAGAGUUGCUCGGACAAUCUCAUCAAACAGUUCAACUCACUAAGCAUCAGUGGUAAAUGGUAAUAAUAGUAUGUGAAUCAAUCAUAUAUUUGGAUCCCUAACCAUUGUUCUUUAUUCUACUUGUAUAAGUAAGUGAUUGUACAAGUUUUUCAUCCCCAUGUCAAAUUGUUUAAUUAUUUUUGUAGAUGUUUUCUCUGCACUGCUUACUCUCCUUUCACUUUUCAUGCUAGCACAUCAUUGAACCAAGAUAUUUUGUUAUAUUCAUAAUUUCUUCAUUUUCUACAUUAGCCUAAUUUCAUAUUUCCUUGGAUGCAACUAACUAUUGUAUUGUAAUGAGUUCUUUCUGCAUCCCAUGGUAACAAUAUGAUAAGUGUACUAAUGUGUAUUCCUCAAUAUGUGCCAAGUGAAUGAAACAUUGUCCCUCCUGUCAAAACAACAAAGGCUCCAUGACCUAAUUUCAAUUUGCUCAUUGAAACCAAAGCUGUUAGUGGCUAGGCCCUGGCAUCCUAGUAAUGUUGGAUAUUGUUUAAAGCAUGACUAUUUUCUAAACAUGUAUAUAUUUCCCAGGAUUAUGAAGGAUGCUCUGAUUUGUACAAAGAAAGGCAACAUAUUAUGUACAGAUGGAAGUUUACAUUUAAACAGGGCGAUUGUAAAGAAAACAUGAAAUAAAGUAAUGCUUUAAACAAGAUACUAUAGUUUUUU